CGCUUCAAUCGGAGCAAGAACGCGAAAGCUAUGAAGAUUCAAAGUUCAUGAGCUUGCGUUACAAUUGCGACGGUUACAAAGUGAAGUUGUGGGGUGACUCUAUAUGGAGUUGGGACCUUUGGGGUUGGGGAAAUUUGUCACUCUACUGUAACAGCUGCAAAUUGGUUGGGAACAACCAAGCUAGGUUGGCAAGGGUGGCCAACUUGGAUGGAUUGGUUGGGAAGGGACAAAUGUCAAAGUUGGGGUUCCUAUAGAGGGGGAAUCUUUGCAAGGUUUUCGUCGACGUCGUUUCUUGUGAAGACGACUUUUCUGUCCAGAAUUUCGGAUUUAUAUUUUGAGUAAUUCUAGCUCCUAAGUUCACCUAGACUCCGUCCUUAAUUCUAACAAGUGGUAUCAGAGCGAUAUUAAGGACAUUGAGAGGAGUCUACAGAAGUGUGAAGACCCUUCUAGACCCACCAUGGCCUGUGGGUGUGCCUAAGUGGUGUUCUAAAGGUUGGAUGUGUCUUCCGCUAAGGGGAAACUCUGCCGAAAUUUCGUGGACGCCGAUACUUGUGAAAAUAUCGAGGGAGCUGAGUGUGGACAGCAAAGGGGAGCUGAAAUUCGUCAUUUCUCAAUGAGAAGAUGAAUGAGAGAGGAGGAGAUGCUAAUGGAAGAGGAGCUGUAGCUGAGAAGACAAGUGAGCCGCCGCCAUCAAAAGUUGAAGCUUUGGAUGGCUGCAACUAUGAGGAAUGGAGUGGACGGAUGAGGAGUGCCUUCAAAUGCUACAAGCCACUGAAGAUUGCUGUUGGGGAGGAGAAGUUGCCGGAAGAAGACGAAGCACGUGAACGGUGGAUUGAGAAAAACGCGGUGCUUUUCGACCUCAUCCUUCAAUCGGUCAACAAGGAGAUGUUCGAGUACAUCAAGGAUCUUGUGGAAGCGGAUGAUUCGGGUCCAAGGGCGUGGAAACUACUACGCGAUGUGAUUCAGCCCAACACUCUCCCGAUGGUAGUCGUGCUCGAGAAGGAACUUGCUGCCAUCUCCAUGCGACCAGGGGACAAUGUGAAGCCGGUCCUUGACAAGAUCAAGGACACCUAUGCAAGGAUGGCAGCAGCGGUCAGCAGUGUAUCUCAGCUGCAGCAGUGCACCAAGAUCAUCUCGGUGUUGGACAACUCUUGGGACAACCUCAUCCCCACCCUUAACUCUCAGCAGGAUCAAUGGACACCUGAGUGGCUCAGACAGCAGAUUCUGCAGGAGGACUUCCGCAGACGCCAUCCGCUAUUUUUCUUGACAAUUGUGGAUGACCACACUCGGGCAGUGUGGGUUUACCCUUUGAAGAGCAAGGGAGAGGUGGCAGUGGCUGUCCUUAAGGAGUGGAUGCCUAGAGCUCAGAGGGAAUGUGGACACAAGGUGAAGGUGAUCCGCAGUGACAAUGGUGGGGAGUUCAUUGGAGCUGAUUUUGAGGGGGAGUUGAAGAGGAAGGGGAUCCAGCAUCAACUGACAGUGCCCUACAACCCGCAGCAGAAUGGCGUGGCUGAGAGGUUCAACAGGACCCUGCAGGAGGGGGCACGCACUCUCCUUGGGCGUGCAGGGCUGCCUGAUCCGUUUUGGGUGUCUGCACUGAGGCAGGUCGCCCUUGUGAAGAACAGGGUGCUGGCUACAGUUGGGGAUAAGGAGUGGAUCCCAUAUACCAAGUGGUAUGGGAGUGCUCCAGCUGUGAACAUGCUGAGGGCAUUUGGGUGCAUGGUGGUGUUUCAUGUGCCCAAGGAGAAAAGGGGGAAGUUGGAGGCUUCUGGAAGAUGGGGUGUGCACUUGGGGAUUGCAAAGGAUCACAAGGGAUGGCUGCUAUGGGACUUGACCACCCAGAAGCUGACAGUGUCAAGGGAUGUGAAGUUUCUUGAGUCCCUGUACUACAAGGAAUGGAAGCAGCAGCAACAGAAGCUUCCAUCUACACCGCUCAUUGUGGAGGUAGAUGAGGUGCAGCGGCCUUCAAGACAGGUGGAGGUUGCAGUGCCUGAGGGGGAGAUGUCUGGGGUGAUUGAGGAAGGGGGAGCAGCUGAGGUGGAGCAGCAGCAGCAGCAGCAUGAGUCUCCACCUCGAGUUCCACACCCACCUGAGCGACCUAGGAGGGAUGUGCGCCCUCCGGUGAGGCUGACCUAUGGGGGAAGAGGCAAGCCGAAUGUGGUGCAGGCUGGGAGUGUGGUUGAGCAGAUUGAGGAAGAUGAGAUCGCUCACUGCUACUGGGCACCAAUCCCUGAGCCCAAGACUCAAGAAGAGGCCUUGAAUGGACCAAAUGGGGAGAAGUGGAAGGCGAGUGAGGAUGAGGAGUUCGGGUCCCUGAUUGAGAACGAGACAUGGGACCUGUGUGACUUGCCUCAUGGGAAGAAGGCAAUCACUUCCAAGAUGAUCUACAGGCACAAGUAUGGACCUGAAGGGGAGCUGACCCGCUACAAGUCUAGGCUUGUGGCACGGGGGUUUCAGCAGACAAAGGGGAAGGACUAUGAUGAGGUGUUUGCUCCUGUGGGGAAAGGAACAACACUGAGGGUGCUGUUGGCGAUAGCUGCACUCCUGGGAUGGAAGAUACGGCAGAUGGACAUUGUGACUGCCUUUCUGAAUGGGAUCAUUCUGGAGGAGGUGUACAUGAAGCAGCCAGAGGAGCUGGAUGAUGGGAGCAGCAGGGUCUGCAGGCUGAAGAAGGCCAUCUAUGGCCUUAAGAAGGCGCCUCGUGCAUGGUAUCACAAGUUGGAGGAGGCGCUGUUGGCUGGGGGUUUCAAGAAGAGUGAGUGUGACCCCAGCCUAUUUCUGCUGCAGGAGAAGGAUGAAAUCCUCAUGCUCUUGGUGUACGUGGAUGAUAUCCUUCUCUUUUCUGCAUCAACUGCUUUGCUGGACAGCGCAGAGCAGAUGCUGGAGAUGCAGUUCAAGUGUUCCAAGAUGGGUGAGGUGAAGUACUACUUGGGGAUGCAUGUGGAGAGAGAUGUGGGGAAGGGUGUGCUGAGGUUGCACCAGAGGAAGUACUGUGAGGGGCUGGCUGAGAAGUAUGGGCUGCAAGAUGGGGGAAAGCCAGCAACACCACUACCUUCGGGGUUCACUGUGGAGCCAUGUGCUGAUGAGGAGGUAGUGGGUGAGAGUGACAGGAAGCUGUUUCAUUCGAUGGUUGGGUCGCUGAAUUAUGCUGCAAAUCAUACACGGCCUGACAUUGCAUUUGCUACAUCACGGUUGGCUAGUGUGGUCUCACGCCCUAGUCAUGAGCAGUUGGAAGCGGCCAAGAGGUUGGUCCGCUAUGUGAGCGCUACGACCUCAGUGGGAUUGGAGUACAGUGGAGUGAGGCAGCAGUUGCAGAGAGGUGCUGCAGAUGUGAAGAGUGGAGAGAUGCUCUUGAGUUGCUAUACUGACGCUAGCUUCAACUUAGUGAAAGCGGAUGGCACCAGCAUUGGGGGUUAUGUGUGCUUGCUAGGAGGUGGUGCUGAGAGCUGGCGCAGCAAGAAGCAGAAUGAGGUGGGAUUGUCCUCAUGUGAGACAGAGUACAUGGCCUUACACCAUGGGGUCAAGGAAGUGGUGUGCCUGAGGCGUUUGUUGGAGGAGUUGGGAGUUGGUCAGGAGGAGCCGACAGUUGUGUUUUGUGACAAUGAGUCUGCUGUGAAGCUCGCCAAGAAUGCUUAUCUGCAUGGGCUGACUAAACACAUAAGGCCUAAGUGGCAUUGGGUGAGGAGACUCCUUGAUAAGGAGGUGCAGCUGGAGAUAGUGAAGACCCAUCAGCAAGCAGCAGAUAUUUUCACUAAGCGUCUUGCGGAGGCGGAUCAUUGGAAGGGCAUGAAGCUUGCUGGGAUGAGUGUGCAUUGAGUAUGCAUGCUUGAGAUGUUGGUAUGGUGGAUGAUGGUUGGCAGCCAGAGGGGGAGAUUGUUGUGUGAUGUCAUCAUAUGCUAUCACAUUCUGUCUGCCUCCCAUCCCAUGUUUUCAACUUGCAUGUGUGGUUUGAACAUGUGCAAGAAUUUGUGUGUGGUGUGUUCUGGAGUUUGGGAAUGUGUUUUGUGUUAUUUUUGUUUGAGCAGGUAUUUGUGAUGAUAGAUCUUGAGAAGAUCUUUCCGACGCUACAAGAAUCGCUUCAAUCGGAGCAAGAACGCGAAAGCUAUGAAGAUUCAAAGUUCAUGAGCUUGCGUUACAAUUGCGGCGGUUACAAAGUGAAGUUGUGGGGUGACUCUAUAUGGAGUUGGGACCUUUGGGGUUGGGGAAAUUUGUCACUCUACUGUAACAGCUGCAAAUUGGUUGGGAACAACCAAGCUAGGUUGACAAGGGUGGCCAACUUGGAUGGAUUGGUUGGGAAGGGACAAAUGUCAAAGUUGGGGUUCCUAUAGGGGGGGAAUCUUUGUGCUUAUGGGGUUUCCUUGGUUGGGGACUCUCUUGGGACCUUCCUUCUCAUCCCUCUCUUUCUAUCCCAACCUUUC